UUCAAUUAUUUCUUUAACAAUCGCUAAUUCAAUUUACAUGUUUACAUCGCAUCAAUUAUCAAAGAAAAAAAAAAUUAAGAAAACUUAAAGGCAUCUUGUGUAAUUAAUAUUUGUGAACGUGAAGAAAGAUAAUUAAUUAAGCUACAUGGUAAUGCAACGAAGAAAAGUGAAAAUUAUGCAAACGGGUCAGCGUCGUUCGUUUCUUUGACUCUUUCUUAUACACUGACAUCGUUCUUCCGUUCAUAAUAUGUGGAAUCGCAAAGUGUUUAUCAGAAUUAUCGAAGUGAUACUUUGUAUUGCCUGUGUGGUGGCACUUAGGGUGACUAAUGACGAGAGUCGAAGGGUGUUCCAUUAUUUGAGAAGUCGUAGCAGAGAGUGGUCACUGUUAAACAAUGUGACGUGGGGUGCAAUAGGCGCCGCUCUUGCAACAGCAACUUGCGGUGGUUAUAUAAUAGUCACAACUGGUCUUCUUAUUGCUGCUGCGACAGGGGAACUUAAUGGUCGAAAAACGGAGCUGUUCUUCCUUGGAUUGGGGGUUAUUCUUUUCGGCAUUGUUGGCGCUUUGUCUAUGGCGUCUAUAGAAAAUGUCCCUGAAGAUUUGGUAGAUAAUGCUGCGGUUUUUGGGGCACUGUGUUUAUUGACCGCGCUAGUUUUUAUCGCUGAUUUAUUAAUGAGCACUCCCAAGAAGAAGGAUAAAGAAGGGAUGAAGGAACACUUGACUGAUAAGAGAGAGAAACGGCAAAUAACCACCUUAAGCACCGAAAAAGAAACAAAGUCACCGAAAGCUAGUCCAAAAAUCUCCAAAAAAGACGACAACGGUAACAUCAACAAUGGGUUCGAUAAAGUAGAGGAACAGCAUCAAAAGAGCGCGGUUCAACAGGUGUCUGAAGAUCCUCGAAGGUGGGAAGAAGAUCAUUCUUCAAAUCAACGUACCAGAGACACUUAUGGAGAUGAUGAAAAUGACAAUUUCAAUCGAGAUAACAGAGAACAGAAAGAAUAUACUCAAAAUUUUGAAAAUGGAAAGGCUCUUAGAAACUCGCAAAUGUAUCGAGAUUCUGAGAGGCAAAAAGGUGCUAACAGAGACUCUUAUAAAAUGAUGCACAGAAUGGAAAUGCCUACAGUGGUGUACAAAGCUCAUGAUAUUUAUCAACGUCCUGUUGAUGAAGUGGAUACACCUCGAUUCCCGAUUGAAAGUAAUAGCAGGGGUGAAACGAUGUUCGCGAAAAUGAUUAAUCCCGGAGUGAAGAUCAUGAAAGUUGAACAUGACGUCGAUGAAGCUACGUUUGAUGGAUACAGAUACUCUGACACAAGUCAAUACGACAAUGUACCAAUUCGAAUGAAAAAAACGUCGCCCAAGAGUCAAAGGAAAAAUAGAGAUGUGUCUUUCAAUGUACCACCUCCACCAAAGGGUUAUGAAAGAGAUAUUGAAAGAACCAAAGAUGAAAUUGAAAUGCUCGAAGAAUGUUUUAGUUCGCUUAGAACUACAACUACUGGGACCCAAACGCCUAACGUGAGAACACCCUCAACUCCAACUGAUCCUGGAUACGUUCGACAUACAGCUAGCAAUUGGCCACAAGAGACGAAAACGAAAACACCAGGUUCUAGUCCUAGUCACACGAGAAAGUGAUUGAAAUUCAAUUCAAAUUAAGAAAUAGAAAAUAAAAGUUUCGAGGUGCUGAUCGUAUGAGAGAAAUUAUACACUGAUUCUUGAGCUUAGAAAUAAGCUAAAUUGGUUGAAUUUUGUAUUUUUAUAUAUAUGUUUCAAAAUUUUUUUUUAAUUUUAGUGCUAGAAAUUCAAUUGCAUUUUUUGCAAUUAUACCCUUGAAUAACUUAGAAGAAUCAUAAUUAUUAUAUUUGAGGCCUUCCUCAAUUUAAUAUUCCAUUCUUGUCUUUUCCUAAUUUCUCAUUUCUAAUAUGACUAAUAUAAUAUGUAUUACCUUCAUUAACUGUUAUUAUUAUCCCCAGUCAUUCACCCCUGUAAUUCACUGACAAAGCAAAAGGGGUGGAACAACAAACGCGUUCUAAUAUAUGUAGAAACUUUUUAAUAUAAAGUAUCAACACCUCCGUUCACAUCGAUACGCAUACAUACAAUUAUUAAUAAUAAUGUCAUUUUGUGAUAAACAAUAUAACCGCAGCUUGUUAGUCUCCAUCGGAACGUACUCGCUAAGAUUAAUCAUUAAUCGGAUUUACAAAUCGUUCAGAUUACUCUACCGUGUCGUUGCUUUUUCUUACACUUCUGUAUAAAUAAAUCGAUGCUAUUCAACAUCAAUAUUUAUCAUCCAACGUGAUCAACAAUUUUUUUCAUUUAGAUUUCAUGAAACUUGUCGUCACAAGGAGAGAAAAGAAAAAAGAAACUAACCGGAAGGACUCUCGAUUUUUUCUUGAAAAUCAAACUAACUAUCUUCUUUCACUCGGUUCUCUCUUUCUCUAAACGUUUCUAAACGCGUAUUUACAGAGUCGAGAAUAAUUGCUUAGAUACUUGAGCAUUCUUCAUCUUCUUCAUUAACAUCCUCUGUACUUUACAGAAGAAAAUCAAAGGUUUCUUCUUUUCAAGACUGUAUAAUUAGUCUCUCUUAAGAUUAAUAAUAAAUUGUUACUGUAAA